AAAAAAAAGUAUCAAAGUUAAUCAAAGUGUACAUCAGUCACGUGUUUAUUGUUUUAGUUUUUAUAUUUAAAACUAAACUUUUUACGAAACGAAAUUAAAAUCGAAGUAAACAUUAACAUUACGAAUUAUUGGGAAUAAAAAUGGGCAAAAAAAGAAAACUGGUGACAAAGGACGACGAUUUGGAGUAUGAUCCCGUACCAAAACAUUUAGUAACCUCACACAUAAAGAAACAAGAAAAACGUUUAAUCGUUAUUUUAGAAAAUGCGCAACUGGAAACUGUUAAGACAGGACAUAGUUUUGAGUUGUUAAAUUGUGACGACCAUGCCAAUAUUCUACGGAAGCAUGAUCGUGAUCCAGGUUCUUGUCGACCAGAUAUAACUCACCAGUCGUUACUAAUGUUGAUGGACUCACCUCUAAAUCGUGCUGGGCUGUUGCAAGUGUAUAUUCAUACAGAGAAAAAUGUACUCAUAGAAAUUAAUCCUCAAACCAGAAUACCAAGAACAUUCAAAAGGUUUGCAGGACUAAUAGUUCAACUACUUCACAAAUUUGCUAUAAGGGCGUCUGAUGGUCCUAUGAAAUUGUUGAAGGUUAUCAAGAAUCCUGUGACAUCACAUCUUCCUGUGGGAGUGAAAAAAUUUACUAUGUCAUUUAGUUCAAAAGUUGUAAAGAAUUGUCGUGAUUUAGUGCCAAAAGAUGAACCUAUUGUUUUAAUUAUUGGAGCCAUGGCACAUGGAAAAGUAGAUGUUGAUUAUUCAGAAGAAGUUAUAUCAAUAAGUAAUUACCCAUUGUCAGCUGCCCUUACUUGUGCAAAACUUUGUACAGCUUUUGAAGAAGUUUGGGGUGUAGUAUAAGAUAGUAAGAAUUAAAUAAUCUUUGUACAUAAAGA